ACUAAAACAACUUACUAAUACGUUAAAAACCUAAAAUGGAUAAUAGUAGCUCGUACGUGGUGUAUAUAGCGACAAUCAGUAAUUUGAGUGCACAUAAAAAUGAAAAUGCACUGCGAUCGUCAAUCGAAAAUUUAUUUACCAAUUGGUUACGGAUACAGAUUACUACCAAUGAUAUUAAUUUUACCAGUAGCCAAGGAAAGAAGGCGGCCAUUAUACAUCUUCCAUCACAGGGAGCAGCUCAAAAUGUACAGCAGAAUUUAGCAACACGAGAAGGCAGACAAAAACUACGAUUCAACUUUCUUCAACUUGCCGAUCCAGGCGUGAAUAUUAUCGUAGAUGUUAAAUAUGAUAAACAAAAAAGUAAUGUACAACAUGAUACAUGUUACUUUCAUGGAGAUAAAAUUGGAAGUGAAAGUAGAAAUAGAGAAUUUAAAAAAGGCGGUGGGAACUACUCAUAUGAUCACUUAAAAACUGAUGUCAGUGUAUAUGUGUGCGCUUUUCUAAACAGCGAGGAGGAGGGAACGUUGUUUAUUGGUGUCAACGAUGAAGGGAUUGUUGAAGGCAUUGAAUGUGAGCAGAGGAAGGAAGACAUUAUACGUAAAGAUAUUAUUGAUCGUGGAAUAAAAGCAAUCACGCCAGAGAUUUUUCCCAAGAACUACACUGUGAAAUUUACUCAUGUAUGUGAUGAGAACAAAAGGCAAAUAGGAACCUUAAAAGUUAUAGAAAUAACGGUGAAGAAAGUGGAGCAAUUGACUCAACUUUAUGAAGUUGUCAAUGUUGGCGUCUACAUAAGGCGAGAUGGAAGUAAGCAGGGUCCUUUAAAGGUCAAUCAGAUUCAAGAAUGGCAUAAUCAGAAAUCCAAUAGGUUCACGCAACAACGAUUAAAAUCUGCAAAAACACGUGGUGAGAGAGAAACGGAUCAGUUAAAGGCAAGAUUGGAUGAAAAAGAUCAGAGGAUCGCAGAAAAAGAAGACAGAAUUAAAGAGAAAGAAGAUAGGAUUACAGAGAAAGAAGAUAGGAUCAAAGAGAAAGAAGAAAAAAUUAAAGAGAGAGAGGAAAGAAUCCAAUCAUUAGAAAAACAAAAUAAUGAAAUGGCAAGAGCGAAGAGUAGAUUGGGACAUCGGAUAGAUGAUACAGAGAAAGAAAAGGAAGAAGAGAAGAAAGUUUUAGAACAAAAAUUGGAAGAAGAGAAGAAAAUUUUACAACAAAAAUUUGAAGAAGAGAAGAAAAUUAUAGAACAACAAAUGAAAGAAGAGAAGAAAGUUUUAGAACAAAAAAUGGAACAAGAGAAGACAUCCGCAAAACAAAAAAUACGGAAUAUGGAAAAACGUGAGAAAGAAUUUAAGAAACACAUUUCUAAUUUAAAAAAAGAUAUACAGGUGUUUGAAGAACAACACAAUACAACAACGGCGGACAAAGCAGCACUAGAACAACGUAUUACUGUAAAUGAACAAGAGAAAAUAGAACUAGCACGACGCGCUGAAGAAUUAGAAAAUGAAAAGAUGACACUAGAACAUCAAAUCGAAAAUGCAAAGAAAGAGGUUGAAAAGUCUAAAAAUAUGUCAAAUGGUGUGGAUGAAGAAAAGAAAAUUUUGGAGCAACAUGUCGAAGACAUGUACCUUAAAAUGAAACAACUUGAAGAAGAUAUUGAUAUCACAGAGGAGGAAAAAUCAAGUUUACAGCAAAAAAAUGACGAAAUGAGAUUGGAAAACAAAAGUAUGGAAGAAAAAAUAAAAAAUGAUGAAAAAGAAGAAAAAAAACUAAAAGACAAAAUUCUUGCAGAAGAAACCAUAAGAAAAACUAUAGAAAAAGAGACUGAAGAACAUAAAAGAACACUUGAGGGGAAAAUUCUAGAAAUGGAACAGGAAAAGAAAAUACUAGAAGAACAACACAGUAAAGUAAAGGAUGAGAGCAGCAAAAUGGAAAAUAAACCCGAUGUUAUACCGACUAAACUUGACAAAAAGAAAAAUGAAAAAAGCUCUAAAACUUGUGUCAUAUCAUGAUUAUAACAAUAUGUAUAACAAAAUAUACUCAAAUGUAAACGAAGGGUGUUAAGAAAACUUUAUUAUUGGGAAAAAAGUCGAAGAUUGGCUUCAUGGUACAGGAUAAACUGUUCUCAGUUGAGGAAGAGACACUCUUUUAUAAAGUGUAGAUCAACCAUCUUUGCAUCAACUUUUCUGGAAAUUUCCAGAUUACAUCAAAGAUGUCCUACAGAGGUCAACUUUUAUUUUAUUAAUUUAUAAAUUGUUUAUGCA